UCGCGUUUAAUUUAAAAAUUGACUAAAUUAUCGAAGAACUGGCAGUGUUCGAAUGACUCAUAAUAAUUAAUCAGUACUAGAUUACCCAACAUUAUCAAUCAAGCGAAGUCAAGCAAACCGUCAUUUUAGCAUUGUUUACAUUUUUGAAUAUGCAUGGGCGGGGAACUACCUGGAACAUAAAUAUUUGUAGAUAAUUGUGACGGUGUUUGAUUGAAUUUUCUGAAUUGUGGAAACGAAAAUUUCGAGUAACACAUUAAUUUGUGUUACAGUUGGAGGAGAAAAUGUCAUCUUCUGAUUUGCAUGGCAGAUCAGAUUCGUAUCGAGUAGCCACUAUCCCUUUCACACCCGAUGAUAAUAAAACAGCCGAUGGCAAAAUAAAGUCGAGGCGGAAAAAUGCUGUCACCAAGAAGCAAAAGAAAGUUGACAAUUUAGAUGAUCUGAAACAAGAAUUAGAUAUCGAUUAUCAUAAAAUAUCCGUAGAAGAAUUAUAUCAAAGAUUUGGCACACAUCCAGACACAGGUUUAACGCAUGCCAAAGCUAAAGAAAUCCUAGAACGAGAUGGACCGAACGCCCUAACGCCUCCGAAAACAACCCCAGAAUGGGUGAAAUUUUGCAAACAAUUAUUCGGAGGUUUCGCUUUACUGUUAUGGAUCGGAGCUGCGCUGUGUUUCAUCGCAUAUUCCAUUCUGGUGACUACUGUGGAAGAUCCGGCAGAUGAUAAUUUAUACUUGGGUAUUGUAUUGACUGGCGUCGUAAUCGUUACUGGUAUAUUUUCAUAUUAUCAAGAAGCCAAGUCGUCGGCUAUCAUGGACUCAUUUAAAAAUUUAGUUCCUCAAUUCGCCCUUGUUAUAAGACAAGGUGAAAAAUUAACUUUGAGAGCUGAAGAUAUCGUUGUAGGCGAUGUCGUUGAGGUGAAGUUCGGUGAUCGAAUUCCGGCCGAUGUUCGUAUCAUCGAAUGUCGAGGCUUCAAAGUAGAUAACUCAUCACUGACCGGAGAAUCUGAACCGCAAAGUAGAUCUGUAGAUUUCACGCACGAAAAUCCAUUGGAAACGAAGAAUCUCGCGUUUUUCUCGACGAACGCUGUUGAAGGUACUGCGAAAGGAGUUGUAAUCAGUUGCGGAGAUAACACGGUGAUGGGUCGUAUUGCCGGAUUAGCCUCUGGUUUGGAUACCGGAGAAACACCAAUUGCCAAAGAAAUCCACCAUUUCAUUCACAUCAUUACCGGCGUAGCUGUAUUCCUCGGAGUUUCAUUCUUCAUCAUUGCCUUUAUCCUCGGAUAUAACUGGUUGGAUGCUGUAAUCUUUUUGAUUGGUAUCAUUGUCGCUAACGUACCCGAAGGUUUAUUGGCUACUGUAACUGUAUGUUUGACGUUGACUGCUAAACGUAUGGCCUCCAAGAAUUGCUUGGUGAAAAAUCUAGAAGCCGUGGAAACGUUAGGAUCGACAUCGACCAUUUGCUCGGAUAAGACAGGAACGCUAACGCAGAACAGAAUGACUGUUGCUCAUAUGUGGUUCGACAAUCAAAUUAUUGAAGCUGAUACUACCGAAGAUCAAUCUGGCGUACAAUACGAUCGCACCAGUCCUGGCUUCAAAGCUUUAUCUAGGAUCGCUACGUUAUGUAAUCGAGCUGAAUUCAAAGGCGCUCAAGAAGGAGUUCCUAUUUUGAAAAAGGAAGUAAACGGUGACGCUUCUGAAGCUGCUUUAUUGAAAUGUAUGGAACUGGCUUUGGGAGAUGUUAUGUCGAUUCGAAGACGUAAUCGUAAAGUUUGCGAAAUUCCAUUCAACUCCACGAAUAAAUAUCAAGUAUCGAUACACGAAACCGAAGACCAAAACGAUCCUCGUUAUUUGAUGGUGAUGAAAGGUGCUCCCGAAAGAAUAUUGGAACGUUGCUCCACCAUCUUCAUCGGCGGUAAAGAAAAAGUACUAGACGAAGAAUUAAAGGAAGCUUUCAAUAACGCCUAUCUUGAAUUGGGAGGUCUCGGUGAACGUGUGCUCGGUUUCUGCGAUCUCUUAUUGCCAUCCGAUAAAUUCCCAUUGGGUUUCAAAUUCGACGCUGAUGAUCCAAACUUCCCCUUGUCUGGUAUGCGAUUCGUUGGUCUUAUGUCGAUGAUUGAUCCUCCUCGAGCUGCCGUACCCGAUGCUGUGGCUAAAUGCCGAUCUGCUGGUAUCAAAGUUAUCAUGGUCACUGGUGAUCAUCCUAUCACUGCGAAAGCCAUCGCUAAAUCGGUCGGAAUCAUUUCCGAAGGAAACGAAACCGUCGAAGAUAUUGCCCAACGCUUAAACAUUCCAGUUUCUGAAGUAAAUCCUCGCGAUGCUAAAGCUGCCGUUGUUCAUGGAACUGAAUUGCGUGACUUGUCUCCCGAAUUAUUGGACGAAAUUUUAAGAUACCACACUGAAAUUGUAUUCGCUCGUACCUCGCCUCAACAGAAACUAAUCAUCGUCGAAGGUUGCCAACGUAUGGGAGCUAUCGUAGCUGUAACCGGAGAUGGUGUCAACGAUUCUCCUGCUUUGAAAAAGGCUGAUAUCGGUGUUGCUAUGGGUAUCGCUGGUUCUGAUGUAUCGAAACAAGCCGCCGACAUGAUCCUGUUGGACGAUAAUUUCGCUUCGAUUGUAACCGGUGUCGAAGAAGGUCGAUUGAUUUUCGACAACUUGAAAAAAUCCAUCGCUUAUACCCUAACGUCCAAUAUUCCCGAAAUUUCUCCUUUCCUCGCUUUCAUCUUACUCGAUAUUCCUUUACCGCUUGGAACCGUUACGAUCCUUUGCAUUGACUUGGGAACUGACAUGAUGCCCGCCAUAUCUUUGGCUUACGAGGCACCAGAAUCAGACAUUAUGAAAAGACAACCUCGUGAUCCACGUAAGGAUAAUCUUGUCAACCACAGAUUGAUUUCGAUGGCAUAUGGUCAGAUUGGUUUUAUUCAAGCUGCAGCUGGUUUCUUCGUGUAUUUCGUUAUAAUGGCGGAAAAUGGUUUCCUUCCUGGAAAAUUGUUCGGUAUUCGUAAACAGUGGGAUUCAAAAGCUAUCAACGAUUUGUCUGACUCAUAUGGUCAAGAAUGGACGUACCGAGACAGAAAAGCUUUGGAGUACACGUGCCAUACUGCCUUCUUCGUAUCAAUCGUCGUUGUACAAUGGUCUGAUUUGAUUAUUUGUAAGACCCGCAGAAAUUCGAUUUUCCAUCAAGGAAUGAGGAACUGGGCGUUGAAUUUCGGUUUAGUAUUUGAAACUGCAUUAGCUUGCAUUUUAUCGUACACUCCUGGUAUGGAUAAAGGUCUACGAAUGUAUCCUUUGAAAUUCGAAUGGUGGAUCCCACCUAUCCCAUUCAUGAUUGCCAUCUUCAUUUACGAUGAAGUGAGAAGGUUCUACCUGAGACGAAACCCUGGCGGUUGGUUAGAACAAGAGACAUAUUAUUAAACAAGAACAAUACAAAAAUUAGUCAUGAAUUUAUUAAAGAAGUCGUCAUUUUUAUCGCAUAUUGUUGCUUGCCUCAAAUAUGCAUUUGUCGCUGUUUAUACUUUCGUUCCAUUUAUUUACUAAACAAGAAAAAAAAACAAAUUAAUCAAAAAAUCAACGUUAUUAUUUCUCUCUACUUUUUUGUGUAAAGAUCUCUGUGAAAGAAAAAAAAUCGUAUCAACACUCAUUUUUCAACUGCCUUAAGGGCUCGAUAUCGCGAAAUUUGAUAUGUCAUUGUUGCAAUAUACCCAGUAUUAGCUGUAAUAUUAAUAAUGAGUAUUACAUCCAUUGUUAGUAGUUAGGGAUUUUACUUUUUUUCAUUUUUUUGUAGCUUAUGUUUUUUUUUGUUUUACUUUUUGUUUGUAUUGUGUAAAUGUUCAAAAUGUUACGAGAUUUGUUAGUCAUCGGCUUUGUUUACCUUUUUACAUGUUCUAACUUGCUAAAUGUUUAGCGUUUCCUUUCCAAUUUGUUUUCUUUUAUGUUUUGUUUUGAAAAUAUCUCGUUAAAGCUUAAGUUCAGGUAAAUUUUCCAGCGUUUUUCUCUAUUUUGUAAUACCACGUAUUCAUUAAAUUAAUUAUAAUAUUACGUUCUAGCGAACAAUUUUACGUGUAGAUCUGUGUUAAGUUUUAUCAUUUUGAUUUAGCGUUAAUAAUUGUUCUAUUUUAUUCAUUUUUUUUAACUUUUGAAAAAUCUUGUAAACGUUUUAAAAAUAAGUAACGUAAGUAAGUAUUACUUUCGUAGUUGUAAUAGAAUGUUUUUAUGUGUAAAAUAAAUGACAAAUAAAAUUUUUAAAUGACAAAUGAAAGGAUCGGAUAUCCCAGUGUAGUACGUUGCGUUACGCGAUAUUAUCAUGUUGUAUUAACUAAAAACAGACUAGGUUAGAGAUUAAUUGUUAAAUGUGUUUAAACAAAUUAAUUCGUAUUCAUAAAGAGAAGUCAAGUUAUUUAAAUUAUUCGUAGAACACGUUACAUGUAUGAAAAAUUUGUAUAAGCACAUUAGCGGUUUUACGCCCAAUUCACGCCUGACGGGUAGUAAUUUAUAAUUUAAUUUAUCAUUACGCAAAAUAUAUUUAUAAUAAGAAA